AAAAUAUCUACUUGUAAAUGAAUUAAAAAAAAAGGAAAUAAACCUCACUGACCCAAAUGUCUAAUCCUUUUUUAUACAGUCACCUCUUUUCUAGUACCAAGAACUUCUAAAAGAUGUCAAUUUUAGCACCAAAUUCCCAAAUUCUGUACAGAGAAAUCCACAAUAGAGAGCAGCAGCAUCUGUUUUGGAACAGUGGAGGAAAUCUAAAUAUUGUAAAAUCAUAUGGAUUUUGCUUUGUUGAUAAAAGAAGAGGUGAUUGUAAAAAGGAAAUAAAAAGAGAGUAUAGAAUUCAUGCCUCUUGGGCAGAUUUGUCAAGACCCAGUACUGUUGAGAUGCAGCUCAUUGAGAAUAGUGAACAACUUGACCAGAUUUUAGCUUCUGCUAAAGAGCUUUCACAACCCAUCAUCAUUGAUUGGAUGGCUGCUUGGUGCCGGAAAUGCAUAUAUUUAAAGCCUAAAUUGGAGAAACUUGCAGCUGAGUUUGAUACCAAACUCACAUUCUACUAUGUGGAUGUCAAUAAAGUGCCACAAACUUUAGUGAAGAGAGGAAACAUCUCAAAAAUGCCAACAAUUCAGUUGUGGAAAGAUGGGGAAAUGAAAGCUGAGGUGAUUGGAGGACACAAAGCAUGGCUUGUAAUUGAAGAAGUGAGAGAAAUGAUCAAAAACUUUGUAUAGUUAUUACUAGUCCAACAAAAAAUUUCUUUUGCUUUGGCCAAACUUUGACAUCAAGUUGUAUAUUCAGCAAAGGGCAUUUCAAUAUGUACAGUUGUUACAAAGGAUCCUUUUGCAUUAUCAAAGAUGGUGAAUUGGUGAUGUUGGAACUUAAA